UUAACAAAGGUUGAUACAGCUAGUAAAGAUGAUAUAGCUAAAGAGCACAAAAAGAAGUCUAAUAAUAAGUUAUGGUCCGGUGAAAAAAGAUUUGCACCUUAUGUUGAUCAUUUCCCUUUACAAUCCUUAAAAAGAAAUGGUGCGCCACUAACCGAAAAUGAGAAGUUAAUGGUUAUUAAUGUUUACAAUUACCUUUCUGAGAUUAAUUCUGCGAAAAAUGAUCAUCGAAAGCUGACAUUAUGCAAGAGAGUUGCUGAAGUAUUAGGUGUUUCUGAAAGAACAGUUGGAGGCAUAGUAGCAGACUGGAACAAACAUAAUGAUA